AUGGCUUGCCUGCAGGACACGCGCGAGCCCCGAACAGCGCCGCGCCUGGGUCCCGUCACUAAAAUGGCGCGGCACCCCGGUCCUUCCCCCACUACCCCGCUGCAAAAAAAAAAUAACAACAAUAACUCGCCCCGAAAGGCUUGUAGCGCUGGGCGGGUGCCUCGCCAGACCGCCCUCUUAAUUCUGUCAUUGCUUGGCGCUAAACGGAACCGACGCGGCGCGGCACAGGGCCGCAGUGCGGGAACAUGCCCGUAUCUGCGUUGGUUGAGUUCCUGGAAGGCCGAGCGGUCCCACAAAGACGCUAGCGAGGCCGCGUUCAUCCGCGGGCGUGGGCGCCCAGAACACCGGAAAUGCAGGCAAGCCUGCGCCCCAGACGUUGUUUCGCGAUAUGAAAGAAAAAUGUUAUUGGUUGUCGCUGCCGCCGGCGGUCGUUGUUUUUUUUUUCUGGGCGCCGCGUCGUCUGCAGGAGGUCCGGGGCAAAUGCGUUCAAUUUCCCGCCGCCGGAAAAUGCGCGCCGGCGUGUGGCGGCGUGCCUUGCGCCUGGGGCUCUUCAUUGGCAGCUUAUCCGGCCCUGCGGAGACGCGGAAUUGA